CGGAUAGGAUCGCGGGGUGGAGAAGCGCGGCGAGAGAUCGUCGGAGCUUCUGGUGGGGAUGAAAGGGCGGCCGACGCAAGCGCGACUCGCGACAGAACGGCUUCGCGCGGCGACGCUCAGUCUCGUCCGUCGCAAUCCAGUGCAGAUAUACGUGCAAUUACCUUGUCAACAGUGCUUAAAAUCGCCGUCCGUGUUCUCGUGACCGCGCUCGUUGGCACGCGGUAAUCGAUAACGCACGCGAGCCGCCGUCGAUCGCGAUUACCGUCGCCCGGCGACGUCGCUCUCGUCCGAGAGAGGGGAAGAUAACGAAGAAUAAAAGGAAAAAGAAAAAAAUAAACGGGAAGAAAGACAUAUACGUACACGCAAAAGUACAGCCUAGGGAGGACUGGAGAAAGGGGUGGUAGCGAGCGAAAUUGAGGGAGAAAGAAGAGAGUCGCAGGAGUGCGGCCGCACGGGGGGUAAGUUCGCGGCGCGCGGACAUAAAUCCAAGCGUUUCCGGCACAGCGAUUUUGAAUCGAGCGCUCUCUCGGUGCGUCGCGUGAGAAGCGUAGGGACCAGUGAAAAGUUUGACGGCUCCCUCGAUGAACGGCGUGUCGUCCGGUGCGACGCGUCUCAUUCCAGUAACGUGCAUCGAGUGGUAACGUCGAGUGUGCCCCGUCGAUCCCGCGUCUCUGUGUGCGACACGACGACGACGACGACGACGACAACGACGACGACGACGACGACGACGACGACGACGACGACGACGACGACGACGACGACGACGACGACGACGACAACGUCGACGUCGACGAGAGUAACGACGACGACGACAAAAACGAAGAUAAAGACGACGAGUCGUCGAAUCGGCGACGUUAAGCAACGAAAUAAAAGAUCGUCAGUAACAGAGCAGAUGUGGUGCCGGGUAGUUCUGCCGAGUUACGUUUGCGCGACUUAACUGCCGCGGAGGAUACCGCGCAAGUACACAGUGUCAGUGCGUGUCUGUGUACGCGGAAGCCGGUCGUGAGCAAGGAGGAUUCACCGCCACCCUGAGGACUUUGCACGGCGCUAUCGAGAUGAAGACUCGCCACCUGUGGCUAGAGGCGCUCGUCGUUCUCCUCGCGAUGACAGGUGCGAGCUGCCUGCGAGAGGUCAGUCUGGAACUAGUUCCGGAGGUGGUGCAACGCGGCCAGGAGGUGGUUCUACGUUGCCAUUAUGAUCUGGAGAAUGCGCCGCUCUAUUCGCUCAAGUGGUACCGCGGCAGGUACGAGUUCUACCGAUUCUCGCCCAGCGAGGACCCGGACACGAAGGUCUUCAACAUCACCGGGAUUCAUGUCGACCGCGGCAACUCGAACAAGAGCCAGGUAACGCUCUUCAACGUCGACUUCCCUCUCUCGGGUACAUUCAGCUGCGAAGUUACGGCGGACGCGCCGACCUUCUCCACGGCCUCCGGCCUAAAAAAUCUCACCGUAGUAGCUCUGCCCGGCGGAGGCCCCGUUAUCGCAUCGGAACGCGAGCGCUACGACCCGGGAGACACGCUGAGGGCAAAUUGCAGCCUGCCGCUGUCGAGGCCGCCAGUUCAACUCUCAUUCACGCUCAACAACCUGCCGGUGGAGGCAACCACGAAGUACCAGAAGACGAAGGAUGACGAAGGUGCGCAAUGGAGUGAAGUCAGUCUCAACCUGAAACCGUUCCAUUACACGAACGGCCAGCUGAAUCUACGUUGCACCGCACAGAUCCCCGGCAUAUACUCGGCGGUGAGCGAGCUGCAGCUCGGCAUGGGUAUACGCGAGCCAGUGCCCGAAAGAGUAACUUCAGAAAACGGAAGCGGCACCCACACGAUGACCUUUGCGACAAUACUCUGCCUGGGCACGCUCCAUCUGCUUCUGAGAUAGUCACGAUACGCCUGAGACCACGAGAAGGGAGCUCACGGGCGUCGCAUGAUAAAUAGCACACUAGUCAGCAGGAGAAGGGCCUGGAGAAGGAGACGAUGGAGGGAGAGUUUGAGAACCGCGUAUGGACGGCGCAAAAACAAACGAUAUUGUUAAAACCGACACGAGACUACUUUAAGUGUCCUUUUUUUUUUCCUCAUUUCCUUUUCACUUUCUUUUUUUGUUUUUUUCCACUUCAUUCGUUUCACCGUCUAAUUCAUCGAGUUGUACGUUUGUUUGAGGGGUGUGGACGGAGAGUGUAGAAUCGCGGACUAUACCGCGUGUGUUUGAAUCCCACCCCUCGAGAGCUCCGUUUACCGUUCGUCAACCGAUCGUUGACAGCAGCACGACGGAUGUUUGCCGCCUGCGGCUGGUGAAACCAUAUUUUGGGACUCGAGCACACUGCCUCUGUGAUUAGAAUCAAAA